AUUUUUUUGCCGGAUAGGAAAAAAAAGGAAAAUAGAGGUGAAACAGUAGGAAAUAAGAAUAAAUAAAUAAUACUUCGAUAUAAAAUGUAGCGUUAAAAUAUAAUAUUAAAAAAAAAACGGAAUUUUUUACUCAAAUUUAAGGAAAUUAGCAAAAAUAAGAAGCUUGUCAAUAUGAGUGAUACUAAUUUUAUAUGGUUUAAUGAAAAAAAUAGGGAAAAAAAGAGAUCAAAUGAAGAUAAAAAAACAUCAAAUAGAUUUUUUAUGGAAAAUAAUAUUAUAAACCUAGAUGAUAAGAUAGAUGAAAAAAUAAGGAAAAGAAAGCGUAGAAGAAGGUCAUUUGAAGAUUUGAAUAUUGAAGAAAGAUAUUUUAAAAAAUUGUUAAAAGAUGAAAACGAAAAUGAAAAGGAAGAUAAUAUUAAAAAAAAAGAAAAAAAUGAGAAUAUUAUUUGCAAAUUCGAUAGCAAUAAUAAACAGAAUUCCUUAGAAAAGAAAGAAAUUGAUUUGGAUGAAAGUCUUAAGAAAGAUUUAUCUACAAUAUUUGUUGGAAAUUUACCUCUUAGUAUUAUUUCUUUAAAGAGUGAUUAUAAAACAUUUAAAACAAAAUUUUCGGAGUUUGGGAAAAUAAAAUCUAUUCGAUUUCGUUCAAUUGCUUUUUCAGAAUUUUUACCCAAGAAAAUUGCGUAUAUUCAAAGGAAAUUUCAUCCAAAAAGAGAUAUGGUUAAUGCAUACAUAGUUUAUGAAACAGAAGAGUCAUCUAAAAAUGCCCUUGUAUUAAAUGGUACAUUAUUAUUAAACAGACACAUAAGAGUAGAUAGUGUUGCAUAUCCUACUCCACACGUUUCAAAAAGAUCUAUUUUUAUAGGAAACUUGUCAUUUGAUGCUCAAGAAGAACAGCUUUGGUCCUAUUUUGGUCAGUGUGGAGAAAUAGAAUUUGUACGUAUUGUUCGAAAUAGCAAAACAAAUGUAGGAAAAGGAUUUGCAUAUGUUCAAUUUAUAAAUCAAGAAUCUAUUGAUGAAGCAUUACUUUUACAUGACAAAAAGGGUCCAUUCAAUCGUAAAUUACGUAUUGUUCGAGCAAAAAACAUUUCUAAAAGAAAAUCGAAAUCAAAAUAUGAAGAAAUAACUAAAGAUUUAAAUACUAAAAGUUCUAAUGAAAAUUUAACAGAAAAAACUACACAAAUUAAUAUUCAAAAAGCCCCUUUAAAUAAAAGAAAAACUCAGAAGCUAAUAAAUAAUAUGGUUUUUGAAGGAAAACGUGCUUCAAAAUCAGACAGUAUCAAGAUUUUAACAAAAAAAAAACAUAAAGAUAAACCACAAAUAAAAAAUAAAACUAAACAAUGGAAAAAAAGACGAAAAAAUAGUUCGAAAUAGCC